GUCUGCUUGCUUCUUAAUCAUCAAUAUCGCGUCAAGGUCUGACCAUGACUUUGCAAAAUUCACGACCAAGAAAAGGCCAGCUCGGCAGUCGCAAGUCUCAUGACGGAUGCAUCACUUGCAAGAUCAGAAAACUGAAGUGCGAUGAGGAGCGCCCAGCCUGCAAAAGAUGCCUGACAACAGGGAGAAAAUGUGAUGGCUAUGUUCGCCCUGGCAUUGCGGGAGCUUGGCACGCCUGGUCACCAAACACGAACCGUGCCAUAGUGCAAGUUAAAAAUCCUCCGACAUAUGCCAGUUUCGAGCAGAUCGAGGUCCAAUCAUUCGAGUUUUUCGUGCGGCGAGUCGUGCCUGAUUGUUCACGCACAGUGGAUGAACACUUCUGGCGUCGCCUUCUUCCUCAGCUCAGUCACUCAGACCCUGUGAUCUGGGACGUUGUCAUUGCUCUGUCUUCUCUGAUUCAACACUUUCAGUCCUCAGGCAGAUCUACAGAGGCAGGAAUCAAGACAAUGCCCAUCGCAAAUGGGGAGCAUCGAAGGGCUCUGGCAUGGUAUGGCAAAUCGAUCGCUCGUCUACGGGCACGAUUGAAACAAGCAUCAACCCGGUCAACCACUGCUGUCAUAUCUUGCAUUCUAUACAUUUGUAUAGAGUGCCUCCAAGACAAUCCGUCCGAGGCAAUAGCGCUGUAUCGUCGAGCAGUCGCCAUGAUGGAAACGGCUGCAGAACCCGAGCAUUGCACCCGUCCGCUAACACAUGACGAACGCUCUAUCGAAAGCACAGUCCGAGCUUUGUUGCAAAACAUGUCUGCAUCGCAAAGACUUCCUCUCAGCCGUGGAAGGGCUCUAGGUCAUACAUUUUUCGAAACGCUGGCGGACGCCAGAGACGAGCUCUAUAUCCUGCUCUUUGCGGCUCACGAUUUUAUCCUAGAUACAAGGGAGAUCAGGAUCAACAAACCGAAAGACUGGGUACCAACUCCGGACUUGAUUUCCCGACAGCAGCAACUUCGAAGGGAUUUUCUGAAAUGGCUCUCAGCAUACGAAGAUAUGACCAUAUGUUUUAGGAGAGCACCCAGUCAGGAUGAAAUCGAGCCCUAUUCCCUGCUCCAUGUGGUGUAUGGCUACUAUUUCAUCUUGGUGUGCACAGGUUUGAGUAUGUAUGAAACGGAUUUCGACGACCUUUUCCCCCUGUUUCAGAAUAUGGUCGACCACGCCAGUCGGGUCAUCACCCCCAGGAGCGAAGGGCUGCGGCCAGUCUUCAUGUUCGAGACCCGAGUCAUCCCUUCAUUGUUCGCCGUCGGCGUCAAGUGUCGGCACCCGAUCAUUCGUCGACAGGCCAUCUCGUUACUCCGAAAGGGGACUCAGGUGGAAAAUACUUGGAGGGCUGACGCGAUGGCCGACAUCGCUGAAUGGUCGGUAGGGAUCGAGGAAUCAGGCAAUAUUCACGGGGUCUUUUGUCCAGAGCCCUCCAAAACCGAGCUACCGCCCGAGAACCACCGAGUGCACUGGAGUCAGAUGAUCGAGCUUCAAGACUCUGACGGACGAGCCGCCAAGUUCCACCAAGUCCAAAAGUGGGAGCAAGAUGAGAACCACGUGUGGUCAUUAGUUGACUACAUGGUGAGGGUUUGAAGACAAGGCGCCGAUGCCGUUCGUUCUUACUUGCCAACCUUUACGAUGGGAGCCAACGUCAGACUGAGGCCGCAAUCCGUGUCCAAAAUUGCAGGGUUUGUUGUUCUCACUUCUAGCCCCAGAGAGGCGGCAGCAAAGCUCCUCGCAUUCCAC